AUGCUCGAGCAAGUCCUCGUCCCCGAUGGCGGCGGCGACGACGGCGGGCCGGCGACCAACUUCCUCCCGGGCAAGCCCCGCGCCGAGGUCUUCUUCCUUUGCCCGGCGCUGGCGUCGUGGGUUCCCAACGUCGGCGUCAUACUCGGGCUCGACGCCGACGUCGCGUGCCGGGCCGCCAUGUGGGUGCUCGCCGGGCACCUGCUCCGGCCCGUCAACUCGAGGACCCACCACGUCCGGGACUGGGGGUUCACCUCGGACGGGCACGCGGCCGUGUUCGACCGGCUCCACGCGCAGCUGGGCCUGGAGGGGAUGGAGCACGUCGAGGACCCGGCGGGGGAGGAGGCCGCGGGCGGGCUGGCCUCGGUCGUAGGCCCGUACCUCCACAGCGCGCACCUGGACUGCAUGUUCGAGGCGGCGGGGGGGAUCACCGGCCGCGGGCCGCGGGCGCUGCGGCCGGGGGAUAUGCUCUGCGCCACCGAGCGCUGCUACUACCCCGUGAUCCUGCGACGGCCGCUUCCUGUUCGCGCCCUGGGCAGGUUCGCCGAGGACGAGGAGCCGGUGGUGGAGGAGUUUGUGCUUGUGUGA